CGGAGACCGGCCCCGGCCCCCUCCCGGCGCGCCAGCUUUUUUGGCCCGUCGGCGCGCGCGUUUCCGGUUCGCCCGCGUUUUCUUUGUGCCCGCCCGCCGCCGCCGGGCGAGGCUGGCGCGCGACUCUCCCCCGGGGGAGUGUAGGCUCCUUCGCUUGUCUGCCCGCCGAAGGUCGCAGGGCCACCCAGCCGGCCCCAUGAAGCAACCAACGAACCAAGGCGCCCCGGCCGGAGCGGCUGGCCGGCGGACGAGGUGGCUCCGAAGGCAGGGGCGCGCGCGCAGUGUGUUGCGUUCUGUUCGAUGGGGUGUGGCGCCGGUGGCGUUGUCCGCGCGCCCGCCCGCCUGCCUGUCGCGCCGCUGGUUGGCCCGCCUACCGGGGCGGGCGCGCGGGCCCGGCCGAGUUAUGGUGCCCCCGAAGAUAUGUUGCCUGUUUCGGGUGGGCGGCCCGGGCUUGUAUGCCUUGUGUGCAGGGCGAAGCGCGUGCCCAUCACUCCCGACGCCGUUUCGGGUUUUGUAGAAAGAUCGUGUCGCCUCGCCAAUCAGUCAUGCGAAGUCAGACAGUGAUGCUGGCGCGUCGCUUAGAUCGAUA